AUGGCGAGUCUGUGCAAAAGGCAGCAAUGCACGAUCGAGAGGCGCGGCUUUCGGCAGGAACUUGACUCGUGGCGGCAUAAACUCAUUCACUGUGUAGGGUUUGAAAGCAUUUUGGAAGGGCUGUUUGGGCCAGGGCUUGUAAAGGAUCUUACCCUAUUUCAAGACCGCGAGCCGGAAAGUGUGUCUGAUUGGUCGUUUGAUGAAAAUUGUCUCUUCUGCUGCUUAAGGCGAGAGAGAGUGAAGGAACAUUUGGUUGGCUUAAACAGCCAAGUGUUGUUAGCUGGGGACGACUGCAAACAGGAACAGUCCAAGAUUAACCGGCUGGAGAAGCAAGCGGAAGAGUUCCUCAAUGCUGUCUUUUACAGAAAAGACAUCCCUGGCUUCUCAGACCCGCACAUUCCUCUAGUGGCUCGUGAGAUAAUGCAGCGGAUGAUCCGGCAGUUCGCUGCUGAAUAUACCUCAAAAACCAGCUGUUCUCAGGACUCCCCCCAGCCCAACGGCACCAAGGACCAAAGCCUGCCGAAAGCGCCCUCACUCGCCCCCCCUGCCCCCGCCCUCGCCCCUACCCCUGCUGUCUCCGCACAGAACCCCGUCCUCAGCAAGCUUCUCAUGGCGGACCAGGACUCUCCGCUGGACCUCACCGUUAAGAAGGCAGAUGUUGAACCCAGUGACCAAGAUGGAGUCCUUGAUCUUUCAACCAAGAAGAGCCCCACGGGCAGCCUCCCUCUCAAGAACUCUCAGUGCUACUCCCAGCUGCCCAGAGUCAAAGGGCGCCCUCCGAGAGUGGACCCCAUCUUUCGGGAUGGAGAUGAAGAUGGGCUGCCCCCGAGAAGCUUGCACGACGGGAGAAGGGAGGGGUACGGGAACUCCACUCCUUUGAAGCCCCCAUUGGCACGCUCCCUGCUGAUAAAGGAGGAGCUGCUGAGUCAGAAGCAGCACCUGCUCCAGCUGCCGGGGUCCCUCUCGGGCCUAGACCCCACCGGGCUGCUCAACCACUCUGCCCCGCUCCUGUCCCGGGACGGUUCCUGGAGGAAGCCGCACCUGGACGGGCUGCUGAAGCUGAAGGCCAGCAGUGCGCUGGGCGACCUGAAGGACCUCCCCCUCUUCCUGGAGGGCUCCGGCGUCUUCUCCAAGGGCCCCGCCCCGGCCAAGGCGCAGGAGGCCAAGCGGGACCACGGCCACUCACCCCCUGUGGACCUGAAGAUCCCGCAGGUGCGGGGCAUGGACCUGUCCUGGGACUCUCACGCCUCUGACCUGUACGGCUACGGCUCGCUGGCGGUGGGGGCGCACGGGGACAGCGCCCUGAGCAGGAAGCUGCGGGCCAUCCUACCCAAGCAGACCCGGCGACGGGCCCUGGGGGGCGUCCUGGAUGGGGGGGCGGACUUCUGGGGCUCGGACGUGGAGCAGUCCACCUCCGGCCAGCAGUACCCAACCUCUGACCCGGAGGGGGACCCCAGCUCCAAGCAGCCACGCAAGAAGAGGGGCCGUUACAGGCAGUACAACAGCGAGAUCCUGGAGGAGGCCAUCUCCGUGGUGAUGAACGGCAAGAUGAGCGUGUCCAAGGCGCAGAACAUGUACGGCAUCCCCCACAGCACGCUGGAGUACAAAGUCAAGGAGCGGCUUGGGACGCUGAAAAACCCUCCAAAGAAAAAGCUGAAGCUGAUGAGGAUGGAAGGGCAGGAGGUGGUGGCCGAGUCCGAGCCCGUGGCCAGGGAGGAAGGCUUGCAGGGGGCGAACGAUCUAAAAGAUGAGUAACAACAACAAAAAAGGCAAAAAAAAAAAAACAAAAACAGAAUUGAACGAACGGGGCUUCAGUUGUGCCAAUUUUUACUUUGCAGUACCUGGGUGAGCACAAACGCAGGGAUUUAAGGAGGAAAACAAAAAAAACAAACUCUGGAGAUAAGAGUGAGAAACACAUACUAACCUACUCAUUUGUUACAGUGCUGACUUUGACACUGUAGACGCAUUUAUUUUGUGUUUUCUUUAAAAAAAAUUGCAAAGCAAAUGCAUUUUAAGCCAUGCGUUAUGUGACACCUUACAAAAUUUUUGUAAAGUAAGCUGAUUGACCAAUCCGGUGCCCCCCCCUUACUGAACAUGAUCGCCCCAACUAAUUGGUGGCCUGUGCCACAGAGGCAAGCCUAUCCUAAAUUGUGGACUGCUUUGGGAGGGGGUUAACCCUUGAACAAAAUGGUUAUAAAGUGCCCCUUGCAGACAGACCCCCUUCACACUAAAAUAUAGAUGAGUUAGAGAUAGAAAGUUGGUA